AUGUCAACACACACUGUUCAUAAUAGAAAUAACAGUGAUUUACUGGAAGUUCCUUCAUCCCGAAAGAGUUCAUCACUUAAGUUGCCUUUGAAGUCAGGUACGUCUGAAUAUGAAAAGGAUGAUCCAUUAUUGAGAUCUGCACAUAAAAUCAGAGACUUAAAUAGCACUUACGUUAUUUCUGCUUGUAAAGCAACAGGAGAUACACCCCUGACCAUUAAUCCCAUAGAUAGAUUGACACUUCAAAGAAGGCCUACAAGAAACAAAGAAUUCUCUUUACUUAGUAGAGAGUCUAGAGACACAACUGAAAAAACAUCUGAAACAAGUCUUACUCUACAGCAUCGUGUUAAAACUGUUUCUGUGGAAAAGUGGAAAACAACUAAAGCAGAUUCUCUUGAAAAGUGGAAAAUACAGCAGAAUGUGGAAAAUGAAACAGAAAGUAAUUAUGCCUCACAGAGAACUAGGACAAAUGUAAAGAUUAUAAAUAACAAUAAAAAUUCUUUUGUUGCGUCUUCUACACAGAUAGCUGAGAACACAAAAGACAUUGCAUUAAUGGUAGAUCAGAAAUACAAAGAAACAUUCUCUGCCCUCAGUGGGGCUAAAGAAAAAACUGCGCUUAAGCAUUCAAGCAGUAGCACAUUCAUGGAUAUCCAGAAUCAAAGGGAGGCUGGUGGACCAGGACCACUGGCAACAAAACCUAUCCAGAGUAACUUGAAUGUCAAAGUGUUGGGCACCGGAAACUUACAUCCUAGUAUUGGGACGGAUGUUGCAAAAAAUUCAAGUCAAUUUGGAAGUUUAGACAAAAGAACCCCUGUGAAAUGUUUAACAGAAUGCAAAUCAACACCAAAACAUGACCUGCCUCAGCCCAAGAGCCCAGGUACAUCGAUACUGAAGAACAGGACACCUAAUCUUCAAGUUAAACAAAGGCCAAAAAGUUCUCUUCUUUCAAGUAAAAAGGAAAUUUCUCAAAAAAAUACAUUCCCUAUUGAAGAAACUGCCUUUCAGAACACCUCUACAGUAACAGACCUCUUAAAAGUGGAGAAUAGUCAAGUGACUGUGGCAGUACGUGUAAGGCCUUUCAGCAAAAGAGAGAAGAUUGAAAAGGCAUCUCAGGUGGUCUUCAUGAAUGGGGAAGAAAUAAUUGUGGAACAUCCUGACAAACAAGUUUAUACUUUUGUUUAUGAUUUUUCAUUCUGGUCUUUUGAUGAAUGUCAUCCUCGCUAUGCUAGCCAGAUGAGUGUCUAUGAGACAUUGGCAGUACCUCUUCUAGAGAGAGCCUUUGAAGGCUACAACACCUGUCUCUUUGCUUAUGGUCAGACUGGCUCUGGAAAGUCAUACACAAUGAUGGGAUUCAGUGAAGAACCAGGAAUAAUUCCAAGAUUUUGUGAAGAUCUUUUUGCUCAAGUAGCCAAAAAACAAACGCAAGAGGUCAGCUAUCAUUUUGAAAUGAGCUUCUUUGAAGUAUAUAAUGAAAAAAUUCAUGACCUUCUGGUUUGUAAAGGUGAAAAUGGUCAGAGAAAGCAACCACUGAGAGUGAGAGAGCAUCCUGUUUCUGGACCGUUCGUUGAAGCUCUGUCAAUGAAUGUUGUUAGUUCUUACUCCGAUAUUCAGAGUUGGCUAGAGCUGGGAAAUAAACAGAGAGCAACUGCUGCGACUGGUAUGAAUGAUAAAAGCUCCCGUUCUCACUCAGUUUUUACUCUGGUGAUGACCCAGACCAAGACAGAAAUUGUGGAAGGAGAAGAACAUGAUCACAGAAUAACAAGCCGCAUAAAUCUGGUAGAUCUGGCAGGCAGUGAGCGCUGUUCUGCAGCCCACACUAAUGGAGAUCGACUAAAGGAAGGUGUGAGCAUUAACAAGUCCUUGCUAACUUUGGGAAAGGUUAUAUCUGCACUUUCUGAGCAAGCAAACCGAAAGAGGGUUUUUAUUCCUUACCGUGAAUCUGUUCUUACAUGGUUGUUAAAAGAAAGCCUAGGUGGAAAUUCAAAAACUGCAAUGAUUGCUACAAUCAGUCCUGCUGCCAGCAACAUAGAAGAAACAUUAAGCACACUUAGGUAUGCUAACCAAGCUCGUUUGAUAGUCAACAUUGCCAGAGUAAAUGAGGAUAUGAAUGCCAAGUUAAUUAGAGAACUGAAAGCAGAAAUUGAAAAGCUAAAAGCUGCUCAAAGAAACAAUCCCAACAUUGACCCUGAACGAUAUAGGCUGUGUCGGCAAGAAAUCACAUCCUUACGAAUGAAACUGCAUCAGCAAGAGAGAGACAUGGCAGAAAUGCAAAGAGUAUGGAAAGAAAAGUUUGAGCAAGCUGAAAAAAGGAAACAUCAAGAAACAAAGGAAUUACAGAAAGCAGGAAUUACAUUUCAAAUGGACAACCACUUGCCAAACCUUGUUAAUCUGAAUGAGGAUCCACAACUAUCUGAGAUGCUGCUAUAUAUGAUAAAAGAAGGAACAACUACAGUUGGAAAGUAUAAACCAAACUCAAACCAUGACAUUCAGUUAUCUGGGGUGCUGAUUGCUGAUGAUCACUGUACUGUCAGAAAUUUUGGAGGGACAGUGAGUAUUAUCCCAGUUGCUGAAGCAAAGACAUAUGUGAAUGGGAAACACAUUAUGGAGCCCACGGUGUUACAUCAUGGUGAUCGGGUGAUUCUUGGUGGAGAUCAUUAUUUUAGAUUUAAUCACCCAGUUGAAGUCCAAAAGGGAAAAAGACCAUCUAGUAAAGAUACUUUUGUAAGCGAGGGUCCUAAAGACUUCGAAUUUGCCAAAAAUGAGUUACUCGUGGCACAGAAAUCACAACUUGAGGCAGAAAUAAAAGAGGCACAGUUGAAGGCAAAAGAAGAAAUGAUGCAAGGAAUCCAAAUUGCAAAAGAAAUGGCUCAGCAAGAGCUUUCUUCUCAAAAAGCUGCAUAUGAAAGCAAAAUACAAGCGCUAGAAGCAGAACUGAGAGAAGAAUCUCAAAGGAAGAAAUUGCAGGAAAUAAAUAAUCAAAAGGCUAAUCAUAAAAUUGAGGAACUGGAAAAGACAAAGCUACAUCUUGAACAGGAAGUGUAUGUCAACAAAAAGCGAUUAGAAAUGGAGACUUUGGCUACAAAGCAGGCUUUAGAAGACCACAGCAUCCGUCAUGCAAAAAUUCUGGAAGCUUUAGAAACUGAAAAGCAAAAAAUUGCAAAAGAAGUACAAACUCUACAGCAGAAUCGGGAUAACAGGGAGAGAACUUUUACGGUUCAGCCAAAUUGGAGCUCCAUGAAAGUCUCAAUGAUGAUUCAGGAAGCCAAUACCAUCAGCAGCAAGUUAAAAAAAUACUAUGUUUUUGGCAGGCAUGAUGCAUCAGAUAAAGGUAGUUCUGAGACAUCUAUUCGAGUUCGUAACCUGCAGCUUGGGGUCUCAACUUUCUGGAGUCUUGAAAAGUUUGAAUCUAAACUUGCAGCAAUGAAAGAACUUUAUGAGAAUACUAAUAGUAACAGAGGUGAGGAUGUUUUUUGUGAUCCUGAAGAUGAAUGGGAACCUGACAUUACAAGCACAUCAGUCUCUUCAUUUUCUAGAAGGAGGAGCAGGAGUUUGAUGAAGAAUAGAAGAAUUUCUGACUGUUUACAUGAUAUACAAGUCCACCCAGUUCAGAAUCUGUGUUCUUCACAUCCAUCAGGUUUAAUGGAGAAAUCAAGCACCAUUUACUCAACUUCAGCAGAAUCAUUUCUUCCUGGAAUAUGCAAAGAAUUGAUUGGUUCAUCAAUGAAUUUUCUUGGACAUAGUUUUGAUGAAGAAAAAACUAUAGCAGAUAGCCUGAUGAAUAAUCUUCUAAAAAUUUAUAAUGGGCUACUUGUCAUCUCCAAAGCUCAUGAAGAACAAGAUGAAGAAAGUCAAGAUAACUUGUUCUCUUCAGAUCGAGCAGUCCAGUCACUUACUAUCCAGAUUGCUUGCUCUUUUGAGCAGCUUGUGGUUUUAAUCAAACACUGGCUGAAUGAUUUUCUCCCUUGUACCUGCAUAACAAAACUCGAAGAUGAAUUGAGACAAGAAGUUAAAAAACUGGGAGGGUACUUACAGUUAUUUUUGCAGGGCUGCUGUUCAGAUAUUUCAUCAAUGGUAAAAGAAGCUCUAAAGAAAGCAAUCCAAAUCAUACAACAAGCUGUGAAAUACGUGGGAAAGUUAGCAGUUCUAAAAGGGAACAAAUUACAUUUUCUGGAAAGCAAUAAUGAUAAGGCUGCCAAUAUCCAGGAGGAAUUCAUAAAUGCUGUUUGUGAUGGUGUAGGCUCAGGAAUGAAGAUUCUAUUAGAUUCUGGUGUGGAAAAAGCAAAAGAACUUCAGCAUGACCUCUUACGGGAAUGUGCACAAAAUGAGGUUGCCAAACAGAUGAAAACAAAUGCCAUAGAACUGAUCAGAUCUCUUGAAAAUACCUUUUCUGAAUGGAAAAUAAAAAGCUUCAGAACUCACGUGCAAGAAGGUGAUUCUGGAUACCUGGAUUCCAAGAAGAUAAUUGAAUUUGCUCUAAAAUUUUUGAAGUUAAAGCACUGCAUAGAGAAAGCUGUUCAAAUUAAUAUUUCCGCACUAAGAGGAUGCUGCAGCGAUGUACCUCUCCUCAAGAAUUGUAUUGAAAUGAUUUGCAGCUUGGUCAGUGAUGUUUGCCAUGACUUUGGUGAACUCUCUACCUCUGUUGACGGCUGUGAGAAUUACAUAUCUCGAGUUGGCCACAGUGAACUAGAAUCUGUAGCUAAGUCACUCCUCUUAUGUUUUGAAUCUGAAGAAAGACCUGAUUUAUUGAAACCCUGGGAAUCUUGCAUUCAAGAUACCACAGGAGAAGAAGAAAGAAAAGAAUCUAACUCGAGCCAGACUGGCUACAAGAGGAAUAAAACUGUACCAAAGCGUGUCUAUGAACUGCACCAGGCAUCCCCUGCAGUGAGCUCAGAAGUAUGCACACCUGGUCGGAUUCAGUGGGUGUGACUGCCAAGGCUUUGCACUUGGUGACCAUCCAUGAGAAAGGGAGGAGGUAAUUUUCCUUACGCAGGAGAACAUAAAAAGAAAUCAGGGUAAUUAGUUCAGUGAAGUCCAUGUGUUUUGGUGGCCCUACAUGGGCUGUGAAUAGUAUGAAUAUUACAGGAUUCUGGUUUCAGAAUUCCUGAAUGUGUACUCAGAAGCUUCUAAGCAGAGUUUUAAACAGGGUAUUUAUGAUGUAGGGAUACUGAGGCAACAGAAUGAAAUCUAGGAUUCAGGACCACCUGAAUGGUCAUGUCUCCCAUUUUCUCAUUGCCUUAAAUUUUAAAUAUUUGUCUUUUCAUUGAUGUGCUAUCUCUGGCUGGUUUGUUAGUGUGUUUGUAGAUGGUUAUUUCCUUCUGAACAGAAACCUGAGUAUUUAUCUUUAUUCCUGUGCCUUCUCUUUUUGCAAAUAGCUCAGAUAGGAUUUGUAAUAAAACUGCCAAUGCAAGUGUAAAUAAGA